GCUUCCUUGGUGCGCUGUGUUUCCUUCCUGUUGUCGCCGCCAUGGCUCAUGGGGGGAAGUCGCACGUUUCCCCUGCGUGCCACCGUGUUCCUCCAACACGUCCCUCGGCCCUCCAGAUUAGGCCGCACCACAAACGAGCGUCGACUCGCUCAAGACCCGAGUCGCGUCGAUCCUACGUUCCCGCGGCCGGCGAUGGACGGUCGGUCUCGGGCACCAACAGUUCGUGGCAGGGCCGUCUCCAAGAUCCGAUGGCGACACUUUCGGUCGCCGUGGCUUCAAAGCUUCGCCACCACUCGGCGACUUCAAUGGCUCCUAGUGCACUCAAGCAGGCCUAUCUAGUGGGCGCUGCCGUCGGCGCAGACUCGCUCUACGCCCGCGCGCUGGUGUCACGUGUCGCUGCUGCUAGCUACGCGCCGCUGCUGCUAGAGCGCACUGCUUUCCCGUGUGCGUGCCCAGUGGCGCGCGUAGACACCACGCCCGCGCGCUGUGCUCCAGACGCGAACGGACCGCGCGCUGUUGGGGUUGUUCGCUUCCGAGUGCAGUGCGUCGCUCCGAGAGCAAUGUUGGCAGCGCUGGGCGCGUUGGCGCGUGCGCCGCUGGCGUUGGCGCUGUCGCUGGCGCCGUUGGCCCUACUCGCCCUGGUGGCCCUGGCGCCCUUUCGCCGUCGCCUCUACGUCAUCCUCGUCACCCUGCCCCGCGACCUCAAGUUGAUCUAUCGUUUUGCAGAAAUUUACAUCAUCAGCCACUUACUGAAUGGGAAGAACGUGUCUGUUGUCACCAAAUUCAGAGAACAAGUGGCGAAGCACCCAAACAAAGCAUGCUACAUCUUUGAAGAUACUGUUUGGAGCUUUGCUGAUGUGGAGAAGUACAGCAACAAGGUGGCGCGCGUCUUCCGGAAGCAGGGGCUGGGCGAGGGCGACGCGGUGUCGCUGGUGAUGGAGAACCGGCCGGAGUUCGUCUGCCUGUGGCUGGGGCUGGCCAAGCUGCGCGUCGUCACGGCCCUCGUCAACACCAACCUGCGCCAGGGGCCGCUCGCACACAGCCUGCGCGUCGCCAAGAGCCGCGCCAUCAUCGCCUCCGCCGCGCUCGCCCCAGCGGUGCGUGAGGUGGAGAGGCAGCUGCCGCUGUUCGUGCUGGGCGCGGGCGGCGACGCCGUGGGCGAGGGAGGGGCGGUGGCGCUGGAGCCGCUGCUGGCCGAGGAGGAGCCUCUGCCGCCAGAGGGCGUGCCGUCCACCGGCUUCCGCGACCCGCUGCUUUACAUCUACACCUCCGGCACCACCGGCCUGCCCAAGGCCGCCGUCAUGCUCAACUCCAGGUACCUGCUGAUGUGCGCGGCGGCGAACGUGAUGUCGCGCUUCCGGCCGGACGACGUGCUGUACUGUCCGCUGCCGCUCUACCACUCCGCGGGCGGCGUGCUGGGCGUCGGCGCCGCGCUCUACGGCGGCCUCACCGUCGUCAUGCGCGCCAAGUUCUCAGCCUCCGCCUACUUCCCAGACUGCGUGCGCCACGGAUGCACGGUGGGGCAGUACAUCGGGGAGAUCUGCCGCUACCUGCUGGCGGUGCCGCCGCGCCCCGACGACACCGCCCACCGCGUGCGCCUGCUGCUGGGCAACGGCAUGCGGCCGCAGAUCUGGGCCGCCUUCGUGCAGCGCUUCAAGGUGCCGCAGAUCCGCGAGCUGUACGGCGCCACCGAGGGCAACACCAACAUCGGUGAACCAGGCAUGGUGAUCGGAAUCAUCGACCAGAAGAAUGUCAUUCGUGAAUUCCACGGCUACGUUGACAAAAAGGAAUCGGAAAAGAAAAUAAUAUGCGAUGUCUUCAAGAAGGGAGAUAAGGCAUUUUUAUCAGGUGACAUCUUGGUAAUGGAUGAAUACGGGUACCUGUUUUUCAAAGACCGAAGAGGCGACACUUUCCGGUGGAAAGGGGAAAACGUUUCAACAGCGGAAGUGGAGGCGGUCAUUAGUAAUGUGAUUGAUCUGAAAGACGCCACCGUUUACGGAGUGGAGGUGCCGGGCGCCGAGGGGCGCGCGGGUAUGGUGGCGGUGCAGGACCCCGAGGGCAGCCUGGACCUGCAGCGCCUGGCGGCCGGCGUGGAGCGCUCGCUGCCGGGGUACGCGCGGCCGCUCUUCGUGCGCGUGACGCCGCGCCUCCAGCUCACCGGCACCUUCAAGCUCAAGAAGACCGAGCUGCAGAGCGAGGGCUUCGACCCGGCGCGCGUGGGCCCCGGCGACAGCCUCUACGUGCUGCAGGGCGGCGCCUACCGCCCGCUCACCCCGGACCUGCACCGGCAGAUCCUCGACGGCUCCCUGCGCCUCUAGCGUGCCCACGCCCCUGCCCUUUCCUCCUCCCUUCCCUCCUCUCUUCUCGUUCCUCCCCCUUCUCUUUCUCCCUCUCUUCUAUUUCCCCCUCUCUUCUCUUUCCUCCUCUCUUCUCUUUCCUCCUCUCUUCUCUUUCCUCCUCUCUUCUCUUUCCUCCUCUCUUCUCUUUCGUCAUUUCUUCUCGUUCCUCUUUCCUCAUUUCUUCUCGUUCCUCUUUCCUCAUUUCUUCUCGUUCCUCUUUCCUCCUUUCUUCUCGUCCCUCCUCCCUUCCCUUUCCCCCUCUAAUCAUUCCUCCUUCCCUGUCUUUCCUCCUCUUUUUUCGUUCGUCCGUCCCCUUCGCUCUCUCCCUCUCUUCUCUUCCCUUCCCUUUUCCUCCUCUCUUUGCUUUUCCUCCCACUUCCCUUCCCUUUUCACCAUCCCCUUUCCUUCACACUGGGUGGUUGGAUCUUCUGUGUUCUGAAAAGUUCUUUCACAGACAUCAUCACAACCACCACUACUAUUAGAAAUUGAGAUUAUCAUCGCAAAUGCCAAGGUCAUCACAAUUAUCAUCAUCGUUAUUUUAGGUGGGGUCUUUUGUUCAUUGUUUUUCAUUUAUUUGUUGUUGAAGUUGUUGAUAAAAUGAUAUAUUUUAUCUGUGUUGAUUUUAAAGGGAGUUUUCCUCUUUCUGAACUUCUGGGACCAUUUCACUCGACAAUACCUCUUUGAAACAUAAAUAGGAGUGGGCUUUUAAAGGAAUAAUGUUAAGAUUUAAGUCUUUUCAGACUGCAUUUCUGUGAUAAAAAUAUUCAGAGCUUGAAUCCUUCAAUAUAUACAUAAUACUGAUGUAUGAUCAGUAUAAAAGAAAUUUUAAAAUUGUAUAAUUAUUUCUGAUGAAUAGUUGAAAGCAAUAUUGAUGUUAUUUUCAACUUAUUCAUUAUUAUUUAAGCUACUAGUUUUCCUUUAUUUAAAAUAAAAAUUGUUUAAGUUUUUACUUCUUAAUUACCAUUGCAGUUAUAUUAUGCAAGUAUUCAGUAUCUGGUGUACCCUAGCCAUAUUAAGUAUGAUGUUGUAGUUUUGUUUACAGACAAAUCAUAUCAUGCUUAUCCUACAUUUAAGAUAAAUAUAGGAACAAGCAUUUGUGGUUUGUAUUAUUUCUAAAUGUCUUCAAGGAGUCAACUCUUGAUCAUGGAAAAUUGUCUCUCUCUCCCCCCCCCCCCCCAAAAAAAAAAAAGAAGAAAGAGCAUUGGAACCCCAAAAUUAUAUCUCUGCAUCAUCUUCAAACUGCAAAACAGGUUUCCAUUUACAAUGAUCUAAGCUCAUAAAUUAUACAUUUCAAAACUCUCUAUAUCUCCCUUCUAUUUGGGUUCAUAACAACAACUCAGAAAUGUUAACUUUACUUUUAUGACUUGCUUUCUACUUAACUGUCAGUGAAAACAAAAAUUGUCCCAUUUUGUAAAAGAAAUCUUAAAUAAAAGAAAGUGGAGAAAAAAAAAAUAUUUGGAAAGUACAGUUGUAAAUUAGAACUUAUAGAAGUUUGUAACUAAUGUAUGUGCUGCAAGUUGUUUGAAUGUUUCUACAGCAUUUUGUACUUACUGUAUGGCACUGGUUAUAAAAUAAAUUUUCAAAUUGUUUUUCAGAGGUUUUAAUGAUUCAUAGAAAAAGUGUACAUACACCUAAGAAUUGUUGACUAUGCCAUACUCAAAGACUAUAGAGUCUUUUGUACAGAUAUUAGAUUGUCCUUUAGAGCUCUUUACACAAAAAAUCAAUUGGAUGUUCAAUCUGGAAUCUUCAAAUAUCAAUCGGAUCAAUCUGAUGUUCCACCACUAUUACAUUUUAAAUUUAUCAGUAAGAGAAAAACAAAAUGUUCUUUCCCCACAUAGAUAUUCCCUUUUAUUAAUCUGGAUAUUAGAUCAUUUAUUUAUG